AAAGGAGGGAGAGCGAUCCGUGGAGGGACAGGGUUGGAGUCGCUAGAGGGAGGUGUGGGACCAGCGAGGAGGGGGCUGCGCGAGGGAGGGGGUGCUGGCGGCGGAGGGAGCGGCAGGAGGAGGCGCCGGGGGAGGAGACGGAGGGCCGGGGACGAAGAGGAGGUUUCGCCCGAGCCGAGCGCUCUUUCUGUCGCCGCGCCGUCUUGAAGCCGCGCGGGCUAGUGGGGAGUGCCAGGCCGCCGAAGUGCCUGGCCCUGCCAGCGCCGCCGCUGCCCACCGGAGGGAGGCCCGCCCCGGGCGCGCACGCCGGCCGGAGCCCCGGCGCGCCCCUUGCCCCUGCCUGCUGCCGCUGCCUGCUGACAGCUGCCGCUGGGCUCCAACCGUCCUGUCCGCUCCGGGCUCUGCGGCCUCGGCUCCUCUGCACGCUGCCGCUGUCCCCUCAGGCUCCCUCCCCUCUGCGUCCACCCCUCCUGCCCGAGUGCCGAUCAUUUCGCAAUUGCUCGCUGCUCGCCCCGUGCCCGGCUGUUUUUCCGUUUCCCGGGUCCCUCUUCUUGAGUACUUUGCCCCCUACAUUUGGGGAGAGGGGCUAGAAAAGGGGCGGGUGGCACGUCCUGAAGAGAAAGCGAGGCCCGCAGGAGGAGGAGGAGGAGGCUCGGCGGACUGUGGGGAGGAGACCCCACGCCACCCUUGCUGGUCAUCUCCCCUCCCGCCCCGCCCCUGCGCACACUCCCUCGCGGGCGAGCUACUUUCGGACGAGGAAAGUGAGGGCGGCACUGGGUGACAGCGCCGCGGGGCCAGUCCCGGGGUUGGUCGCGCGUCUGCUAGCUUCUCGUCGGUCGCGCUCCCAGCCAGGGCACAGCCCGGACCGAGGAUGGCUUCGACCACAACCUGCACCAGGUUCACGGACGAGUAUCAGCUUUUCGAGGAGCUCGGAAAGGGGGCAUUCUCAGUGGUGAGAAGAUGUAUGAAAAUCUCUACGGGACAAGAAUAUGCUGCCAAAAUUAUCAACACCAAAAAGCUUUCGGCUAGGGAUCAUCAGAAACUGGAAAGGGAAGCUAGAAUCUGCCGUCUGUUGAAGCACCCUAAUAUUGUACGACUUCAUGACAGCAUAUCAGAAGAGGGUUUUCACUACCUGGUGUUUGAUUUAGUUACUGGAGGGGAACUGUUUGAAGACAUAGUGGCAAGAGAAUAUUACAGUGAAGCCGAUGCCAGUCAUUGCAUUCAGCAGAUCCUGGAGGCUGUGCUACACUGCCAUCAGAUGGGCGUAGUCCAUCGGGACCUGAAGCCUGAGAAUUUGCUUUUAGCUAGCAAAUCCAAGGGAGCAGCUGUGAAAUUGGCAGACUUUGGCUUAGCCAUAGAAGUUCAAGGAGACCAGCAGGCUUGGUUUGGUUUUGCUGGCACACCGGGAUAUCUUUCUCCAGAAGUUUUACGUAAGGAUCCUUAUGGAAAGCCAGUGGAUAUGUGGGCGUGUGGUGUCAUUCUCUAUAUCCUCCUGGUGGGGUACCCGCCUUUCUGGGACGAAGACCAGCACAGACUCUAUCAGCAGAUCAAGGCCGGGGCCUACGACUUUCCAUCACCAGAAUGGGACACAGUGACUCCUGAAGCCAAAGACCUCAUCAAUAAAAUGCUUACUAUCAACCCUGCCAAACGUAUCACAGCCUCAGAGGCACUGAAACACCCAUGGAUCUGUCAACGCUCUACUGUUGCUUCCAUGAUGCACAGACAGGAGACUGUAGACUGCUUGAAGAAAUUCAAUGCUAGAAGAAAACUAAAGGGUGCCAUCUUGACAACUAUGCUGGCCACGAGGAAUUUUUCAGCAGCCAAGAGUUUGUUGAAGAAACCAGAUGGAGUGAAGGAGUCAACCGAGAGUUCAAAUACAACGAUUGAGGAUGAAGAUGUGAAAGCACGAAAGCAGGAGAUUAUCAAAGUCACUGAACAACUGAUUGAAGCCAUCAACAAUGGGGACUUCGAGGCUUACACAAAAAUCUGUGACCCAGGCCUUACUGCUUUUGAACCUGAAGCUUUGGGUAAUUUAGUGGAAGGGAUGGACUUUCACCGAUUCUACUUUGAAAAUGCUUUGUCCAAAAGCAAUAAACCGAUCCACACUAUUAUCCUGAACCCUCAUGUACACCUGGUAGGGGACGAUGCUGCCUGCAUAGCGUACAUUAGGCUCACGCAGUACAUGGAUGGCAGUGGAAUGCCAAAGACAAUGCAGUCGGAAGAGACCCGCGUGUGGCACCGCCGGGACGGAAAGUGGCAGAAUGUUCAUUUUCAUCGCUCGGGGUCACCAACAGUACCCAUCAAGCCACCUUGUAUUCCAAAUGGGAAAGAAAACUUCUCAGGAGGCACCUCUUUGUGGCAAAACAUCUAAGGCCUGAAAACCAUUCACAUAUGGGUCUUCUAAAUAUCAACAGUGCCACUUCUGCAUUCUCAUUCUCAAGGCACCUGGAUGGUGACCCUGGGCCGUCCUCUCCUCCUCUUCAUGCAUGUUUCUGAGUGCAUGAAGUUGUGAAGGUCCUACGUGUAAUGCAUAUGUGAUGCAUCAUCUUAUCAUAUAUUCCUUCCUAUACAUUGUUUACACUUCAACUACGGGGAUGUUCCAUGCAAUUAAAUUACUGUUGGCAAACAAUAGGGGGAGGUCAGACAAAAAAAAAAAAAAAUCCCACAAUGUUCCUAGUACAACUAUUCAUCAAGUUUCUCUGUUUAUGCCAAGACUUAACAGACUUAAAAACUAUUGUUUUCUGAAUGACAGUUUGUAAGAGAAAUGUAAAUUUUUUAGAACUCUUUGCUGUUAAUCUGUUUUGGCUUGUUUGUUUAAAAAAAAAAAA